AUGUCAUGUCCUCACAUUAAAAGCGCAGUAAAGACAGAAGAAGAGGAUUUGAGAAGCAAAACUGGAGGAUUUCUAUGUCCAGCAUGUGGUGAACAACUUUUCUAUGAGAAGUAUUUUAUUGAACAUGUCAGGGAACGUCAUUAUCAGCCUGACCUACAAGUACUAGAAAAGGAUGAGGAACAAAGUUUGUUUAGUGAAUUUACUGGAGGGUUUGUUCAUGAAAAUGGUUAUGUUACGGAACAAGAUGGUUGUUGUGUUGUAAAUAAAUACAAUGUUCUUAAAUCAGAGUUAAAAACGGAGCAGAGUGAAAUUAAUGGAGUGUCUGGAGGCUUUCUCUGCUCAGUUUGUGGGAAAAAUGUUCUGGAGGAGGAUACUUUCAUUAAACAUAUCAGAGAUCAUGUAGAAAACUCUGGCAAACGAAAAAUACCAAAAUGUGAUGAAUUUCAAAAUGAUAGUGAUAAUAAUAGUGGUCAAGGAUCUGGAAUUAGGAAUAGAUCAGACAGUCCUUGCAUUCCUCUGGAAAAUUGCGAUCCUCAAGAAAAGAUCCAUGCUACUCUUCAAUAUAACGUAACAAUUCACUCCGGAGAGAAAUCAUUUAAAUGUCCAGAUUGUUCAUAUGUAACAGCUCGGAAAUCACACCUCAAAUAUCAUCUAAAGACUCACUCUGGAGAGAAACCAUUUAAAUGUCCAGAAUGUUUGUUUGCAACAGCAUAUCAAUCAUCACUCAAAAUACAUAUCAAGACUCACUCGGGAGAUAAACCAUUUAAAUGUCCAGAUUGUUCGUAUGCAACAGCUCGGAAAUAUACUCUUCUGGAUCAUUUAAAGACUCACUCGGGAGAUAAACCAUUUAGAUUUCCAGAUUGUUCGUAUGCAGCAGCUCGGAAAUCACAUCUCAAAGCACAUAUGACUACUCACUCGGGAGAGAAACCAUUUAAAUGUCCAGAUUGUUCAUAUGCAACAGCUAAUAAAUCACACCUCAAAUGUCAUCUAAAGACUCACUCUGGAGAGAAAACAUUUAAAUGUCCAGAUUGUUUGUAUGCAGCAGCUCGGAAAUCACAUCUCAAAGCACAUAUAAUGAAGACUCACUCUGGAGAGAAACCAUUUAAAUGUCCAGAUUGUUCAUAUGCAACAGCUAAUAAAUCACACCUAAAAGUACAUAUGAAGACUCACUCAGGAGAGAAACCAUUUAAAUGUCCAGAUUGUUCAUAUGCAACAGCUCGGAAAUAUACUCUUCUGGAUCAUUUAAAGACUCACUCUGGAAAGAAACCAUUUAAAUGUCCAGAUUGUUUGUUUGCAGCAGCUCAGAAAUCACGUCUCAAAGCACAUAUGAUUACUCACUCAGGAGAGAAACCAUUUAAAUGUCCAGAUUGUUCAUUAUAUACAACAGCUAAAAAGUCGAAUUUACUACGCCACCAGAAAAUGCAUGCUAGAAGUUUGGAACAUUCAUAUAUAUGAAGUUGGGAAGAAAACUAACUCUGUGCACGCUGUUUCUGACUUAAUUGUAAAAAAAGGAUCAUUUUAUAAGAAUUAAGAAAUGU